UCCAUAUCUCUAUAAACCUUUACAAUUUACCAACAUCAAAUUUUACUCAAAAACAGAUCUUUAAUGGGGAUAGACAGGUGGUUGUUGCUGGGAAAGCUUAAGAAAGCCGUGAAGAAAAUUAGAGUUCUAUUAAACUUUGAUCUCAACAAGUGGAAACUAGCGUCGAUGUUGGGAUCGGCGUCGGGGAAACGGAGGGCAAUAAGCUUCAACGGGCGGGCGGCGGGGUUGAGGGCAUGCGUGGAAGAUUCCGACGAGUUUAACAGUGCGGAGACUUCUCCGGUGAAGGGUGGACUGCAAAGGACUACAAGUUUUCCGAUGGAGGAAGAUGUGGAUAAGAGGGCUGAGAUGUUUAUAGCUAAUUUUUAUAGGCAGCUGAGAUUGGAAAGGCAAAUAUCUUUGGAGCUAAGGUAUUGUAGGGUUAAUAGCUUUGGGUCUCCAUUAAUAUCUCCUUCACAGUGAUGGCGAUGAAGAUUGAAAUGGUUUUGUUGAAUGAGAUUAAAGGCUUGGAUCGAUCGAGUUCGAUCGAUCAUGUGAAUAUAUUCUUAGGGGAGCUGAGCAUGCUACUUUUGAAUUGUAUGCGUUUCCAAACAUUUUUUAUUUUUUAAUUUCCCUUUGGCUAUUGGCAAUUUGAAGGAGUGGUUAAAUUUGUGAUUGACAUUUUUCGCAUUUAAUUAAUAUUAUUCAAAUAAAAUAAAAUUUUGAUUAGAUCA